UUUCAGGCUCGGCGAACCUCCGUGGAGGAUCUUCAACGCUACGUCCGUCCGGUAUACCGACCCGAAGAGUUUCCCACUAGCCUACAACGCCUCUACGCUACAACUCCAGAGGAAUGCAUCCCCGAGUUCUUCACUGAUCCCAAGAUCUUCACCUCCAUUCACCCCGACAUGCCCGAUCUCCAGUUACCUGAGUGGUUUUCUGGUACUAUUUCUGACUUUCUUCACUACCACCGCAGCGUUCUGGAAUCUGAUGCGGUCUCUGCUAACCUCCAUCAUUGGAUAGAUCUCACUUUUGGCUUCAAACUCCUCGGUGAAGCGGCUGUCAGUGCGAAGAACGUGCACCUUGAAUUAGUUUCUCCCAAUCCUCCAUCCAACAGUCGUGUAACCUGCCUAUUCUCCUUGCCUCACCCACGACGCGCUAGCUCUGAAGAUGAUUUAAUCGAGGUCUAUGAGGAGAUGUCUGACUUCUUUAUCAAAGUAUGCGCUUCACAACCGCCGGAAAUUCCAAAACUUCCACUUAAGGAAUCCUCGCAAUCUUCUGUUGAUGCCUUGUUUAAAAUGGACCUAGAAGAUCUCGCCUGUCUAAUCACUGAAGUUGCAGUAGGUAGCGCCGUUUCGGGUGUUAUUCCACAGCUUGAAAACGUCAAAAGAUCCACUCGACUGCAGCGAGCCCGUUACCUUUUUACUACGUACAAAUCUGCCAUACCGAGUGGAUUUAGCAAACCCGUGGAACUGUUACUUUUUGAUGCCACAUGGGGUAAUCUUCCCUUGGGACUGAUCCGCCGAUGUGUUUUUGAUGUGCCUUCGUACAUUGUUGACAUCUAUCGGAUACUCAUUGGACUUUACGCUUGCACAACAGCUAGAUUGGAGCAGGUGCACUUGAAGGAUGGACCGGCGCCGGGGGCUUUGUUGAACGCAUUUUUGGCAACAGAAACACCACCACAGAGGUUCGAUUGUCCAGUAGAAUUGUUGGAUCUUCUGACAUCAAUGUUGGAAAAGGCUGUUGAAGAGAAUAUGACCUGCGUUGUGAAUGCAAUGGCCUCAGGCAGACUUGUGCAGUUCUAUUUGGCUAUCGGUGGGAAAAUGGCAAGUUUGUUUUUUCGAAGCAGCUUUUUGAUUGAGGUUUGCGUUAUCGCAGUUACUUCAAGCAUUUCUACGGUAGACUAA